AUGGGUGUCAAAAGUGUUCCAAUUGCUCCAUUUUCAGACCAAAAAGCUGGAACGUCUGGUCUGCGUAAAAGGGUCACAGUCUUUCAACAGUCCCACUAUACAGAAGCAUUCGUCACUAGUAUUCUCAAGGCAAUCCCGGAGGGUGCGGAGGGAGCUUUCCUCGUUAUCGGCGGCGAUGGGCGCUACUAUAAUACCGAAGUUAUCCAGUUGAUUGCACAGAUUGGAGCGGCAUAUGGCGUCAAGAAGUUGCUUAUUGGCCAAAACGGCAUUCUGAGCACUCCUGCCGCUAGCCACGUUAUCCGUAAGCGAAAGGCAACCGGGGGGAUUCUCCUGACUGCAAGUCAUAACCCUGGAGGUCCCAAUGCCGACUUUGGUAUCAAGUAUAAUCUAUCCAACGGUGCUCCCGCGCCCGAAAGCGUGACAAAUAAAAUCUUCGAGGUUUCGAAAUCCCUAACCGAAUACAAGAUUGUCAAUUUGCCAAAGGUUGACCUGGCCAAAAUUGGAACCGAGAAAUAUGAGGGUUUAGAGGUUGAGGUCAUUGAUUCGACUGCCGACUAUGUGGCGAUGAUGAAGGAGAUAUUCGAUUUCGACCUCAUUCGCUCUUUCUUGAAAAGUCAUGGCCAGUUCAAAAUCCUUUUCGACGCCCUGCAUGGGGUAACUGGCCCAUACGGCAAAGCCAUCUUUAUCAAAGAGCUUGGGCUUCCGGAGGACUGUUGCCAGAACUGCGAGCCCAAGCCAGAUUUCGGCGGUGGUCACCCCGAUCCCAACCUGACUUAUGCGCGCUCAUUGGUUGAAAAGGUAGAUAAGGAUGGGAUCCAAUUCGGUGCUGCAAGCGAUGGAGACGGCGACCGCAAUAUGAUUUAUGGUGCCAAAACUUUUGUGUCUCCAGGAGACAGCUUGGCUAUAAUUGCACACCAUGCAAAACUUAUUCCGUACUUCAAAAAACACGGGGUGCAUGGACUUGCCCGUUCAAUGCCCACGUCUGGUGCGGUUGACUUGGUUGCCAAAGCCCAAAACCUCAAGUGUUAUGAAGUUCCAACUGGAUGGAAAUUCUUCUGCGCAUUGAUGGACACGAAUAAAAUGUCAAUUUGCGGCGAAGAAAGUUUCGGUACGGGAAGUAACCAUAUCCGAGAAAAGGAUGGCGUCUGGGCCAUUGUGGCGUGGCUCAAUAUCAUUGCUGGCGUUGGUCAAGCCAAUCCAGAAAAGCCAGUGAGCAUUGCAACGAUCCAGAAUGAUUUCUGGAAGACCUAUGGACGUACAUUCUUCACUCGAUACGAUUAUGAGAACGUUGAGAGCGCCGGAGCAAACAAGGUUAUCGAAAAUCUCAGAGAGCUAAUCACCACGAAGAAGGACUCUUUCGUAGGCUCGACCAUCUCUGGCCGUAAAGUCCUUGAAGCAGAUGACUUUUCUUAUACCGAUCUGGAUGGCAGUGUCAGCAAAAACCAGGGGAUUUUCGUCAAGUUCGAUGACGGCAGCCGCAUCGUUGUCCGCCUUUCUGGAACUGGCAGCAGUGGCGCAACUAUUCGCCUGUAUGUUGAGCGUCAUGAAUCUGAUGAGAAAGAACUCUCCAAGGAUGCCCAGAAUUAUCUAAAAGAGAACAUUGACCUCGCAAUCAAAUUGCUCAAGUUGAAGGAGUAUGUUGGGAGAGAGGAACCCACCGUCAAAACCUGA